AUGAUAGACGAAAUAACACUUGAUCCCCAGCUCAAGUAUUGGAUGCUCCUCCCAAUCACCGUGGCCAUGGUGCUAGUUGGGUUGUUGAGAUCCAAUGUCACCUAUCUCAUUACGCCGCGUCCAAAAUUGGACCCGGUCAAGAACGCCAGAGAGAAAUCAUUUCUCAAGAGAGCUCUAGCAUUUAGACAAAACUACAACGUAUUGAGUGCUCAGGAGUUUGAGGCGAGAAAGACCUACUUUAUCGAAAAGCUCAAGAGUGACGAAUUUUUGGCAAAGAAACAGGGCACUGAAGAGAUAAGCAACCCAUUGGCUGACGCCUCGAUGAAUGACGCGAUGAUGAACAUGGCCAAAGGUAAUCUCAUGAAUUUCGUUCCACAAACGUUAAUUAUGGCUUGGGUAAACUACUUUUUCGCCGGGUCAGUGGUCAUGAAACUUCCCUUUCCUUUGACUGAGGGAUUCAAGAGCAUGUUGCAAAACGGCGUCAACACUCCUGACUUGAGUGUGCGUUACGUCUCGGCGAUCUCGUGGUAUUUUGUCAACUUGCUUGGUCUCAGGCCUGUUUACGCUCUUCUCAUGAACGACCCUGCUUCUGCACAAGAAUUGGUCAACCAGCAACAACAGCAAUUCAACUUUGGUGGUCCAGGUGGUCCCAAACCUCAUCAGGUGUUCCAGGCUGAAAGUGAGAGUAUUCAGAUCUUAGAGCACGAAUCUGUUUACAGCGGUGUCGUUGAAAGAGUUUUGAACUUGUACUAA